ACCCUAUGACAGGACUCGACUCACAGGGCUCUCAUUAUAGGUGCACUGUGAGACUUAAAACUUCUUCUCCUUCUUCUUUCAAAUAAAAGACAAUCCGAACAGCAUCAUGCGUGAGUGUAUCUCCAUACAUGUCGGCCAGGCUGGGGUCCAGAUGGGCAACACCUGCUGGGAGCUUUACUGCCUGGAGCAUGGCAUCCAGCCGGACGGCCAAAUGCCCAGCAAGCCUUCCACUGGCUACGACGACUCCUUCACCACGUUCUUCAGUGAGACCGGUACUGGGAAGUAUGUCCCAAGAGCCAUCUUUGUCGACCUGGAACCCACCGUUAUUGAUGAGGUGCGUACAGGCACAUACCGCCAGCUCUUCCACCCUGAGCAGCUGAUCUCAGGAAAGGAGGACGCCGCAAACAACUACGCCCGCGGUCACUACACCGUCGGGAAGGAGCACAUAGACUCUGUGCUCGACAGGACCCGCAAACUGUCUGACCAGUGCACCGGGCUCCAAGGUUUCCUCGUCUUUCACUCCUUCGGAGGAGGAACUGGCUCUGGCUUCACCUCCCUACUCAUGGAGCGCCUCUCUGUCGACUUCGGCAAGAAAUCCAAACUAGAGUUUGCCAUCUAUCCAGCUCCUCAGGUGUCCACAGCUGUAGUUGAACCAUACAACUCCAUCCUAACCACCCACACCACCCUGGAGCACUCUGACUGUGCCUUCAUGGUGGACAACGAGGCGAUCUACGACAUCUGCCGCCGGAACCUUGACAUCGAGCGCCCGUCAUACACCAAUCUGAACCGCCUCAUUAGCCAGAUUGUCUCAUCAAUCACAGCUUCUUUGCGCUUCGACGGUGCCUUGAAUGUGGACUUGACAGAGUUCCAGACCAACUUGGUGCCCUACCCAAGAAUUCACUUCCCGUUGGCGACCUACGCUCCAGUAAUCUCUGCAGAAAAAGCUUACCACGAGCAGCUCACUGUUGCAGAUAUAACCAACUCAUGCUUCGAGCCCGCCAAUCAGAUGGUCAAAUGUGACCCACGUCAUGGAAAGUACAUGGCUUGCUGCCUGCUGUACCGUGGUGAUGUAGUUCCCAAAGAUGUCAACUCUGCUAUCUGUCACAUCAAAACCAAGCGGAGCAUCCAGUUUGUGGACUGGUGCCCCACAGGCUUCAAGGUGGGAAUCAACUACCAGCCUCCCACUGUGGUUCCUGGAGGAGAUCUUGCCAAGGUGCAGCGAGCAGUGUGCAUGCUGAGCAACACCACCGCCAUCGCGGAGGCUUGGGCUAGACUCGACCAUAAGUUUGACCUCAUGUACGCCAAGAGGGCCUUCGUCCACUGGUACGUUGGGGAGGGGAUGGAGGAGGGCGAGUUCUCAGAGGCCAGAGAAGACAUGGCCGCUCUGGAGAAGGACUACGAGGAGGUCGGAGUCGACUCAUUUGAGGAGGACGAGGAGGGGGAGGAGUAUUAAAGACAGUGUAAAGCUCUCCUUCAUGUAACGGGUUCAUUUGAAGUGUUGAUAUGUAGACCACUAAUCAACUCGUGUUACUGCAAGGAGCAGUUGUCUGGUUAAAAGAAGACUCUCUGAUAUGAGAGAGGAUGUGCCUUUAAUGCUUUUUCUAAAUAAAGCUGUUCAAAUCUACAA